GAGAAACGGGCGGAAGUGCGCCGUGAGCGGGGAAGACCACGCCGCCCUGCCCAGAGUGACGUGAGCAGCGUGGGCGACAAUGGCGAGGACAGGGGACGUAUGAACGCUUAGACCCUGAUCAGACGAAAGGGAUGGCCGGCUGCGAUUCCGACUCCCUCCUACAGCAGUUAGAGGCUCUGGGGAGAAAGUGGAGCACACUCUACUUAAAGGGGCACCCGGGACCUUGAUGGAGGGCCAGAGUGGGACAGUGGGUUUCGGCCUGUUUCCCUCUCCAGGGUUGAGUCACCCUUCCCCAGGAUUGGCCAAGAGCUUUGCGCCCCUCACCACCUCCUUGGGGAUCCUGCUUUUCCCUUCAGCGUCCAGUUCUAUCCUGUCCUACUCCUAGGUGCGGCCUUGCUCUUCUCCCUGGGGAGAGGCCGGGUUCUGACGGCCCGCCUGGAGGCCCCGGAUGGCUCUGGGAGCACUUACCGAACCCAGCUCUCUUUAGGACCCAGGGGAAGUCAUUUACCCCACGCCUAUCCCUUGGGCGAGUUCCCGGUUUCUGAGGUGGGCAGAGCCAUCACCGGAAAGGUGACGGUGAUACCUGUGCCCGGUACCCAGGCCAGAAGUCUCUUGUGUCCUGAUCUCAGGGUUUACUCCCCAAUUGGACUACCAUGAAACUGCACCAAAAGCCCGUGCUCAGUUUCUUCCGUGGAUGCAGAACACAGGCUCCAGACCGGGAGGGCAUCUUGCUAAAGAAGGGAACCCGAAAUACCAGCUAUCAACGCCGCUGGUUCAUCCUCCGGGGAAACCUCCUCUUCUACCUGGAGAACCAGGCGGAUCACACCCCCCUGGGCCUCAUUCUCUUGGAAAACAGCCAGGUGGAGCCACGCCUUGGGGCCACAGAACCCUAUGCCUUUACCAUCCUGACCCCCAGGGCUGAGGGCACAGGUGGGCGGGCCUACAAGCUAGCAGCAGAAAACCAGGAAGAGCUGGGAGCCUGGCUGUGGGCGCUGGCUGGGGCGAGCUGGAGGCGGCUGGUGGUGCUAUUGCCCCCCCUGGAGGCCCGGUACCGGGAGCUGUGCCAGGCAGCUGGCAAGGAGCCCAGCUCACCCCCAGAGGACUGCGGCUUCCUAGCCACCCUCAGUACCCCCUACAGCUUCCAGGAGUUGCACGAGCACUUUGGGAAGGAGAUCCGGGUGUUGCAGAUGGUACGCAGAAGGCCCCAGGCCAGUCCCAAUGGAAGCAGAUCCCAGGUAGAGGAGGAGCAGGAGCUCAACAGCUGUUGA